GCCGCGGUCCGAGCGCCAUCCUCCGUCAGCCGGUGGUCAUCCCGCGAGGCCUUGGGUUCCGGGGACCGCCGCUGAUCCCGGCGGCUGCAGCGUGCAGGCCGGACCGUCUCGGUACGGCGGGACCGGUCCCGCGCCGGCGGCCGGUCGGCCGUCUCCCUCUCAAGGUGGAGCGGCCCGCGGCCCGCCGGCGCCCCCGGCCCGUCAGUUGGAGCGCGACCUUCGUGCGAGAGAGGUGCGUACGGAGCGGGGAGCGACCGAGCGUGCUAGACGCGCUGAACUGUGCCAUAGCUGUGUCCGAGACCUAGCCACCGAACGGAGUGCCGGUACGCUGCAGCCGGACCGCCUGCCUCGUUCUACUGCAGCUACGAUUUAAGCCGUUCUCAAACCGUUCUCGGACCGCUCUGUUACCUGUACUAAGGCUGCGCUUAGGCUGUCCCAGCCUACCGCCCCUCUGUGGACUGUCCGUGCUGUGAGCUCUCUGAAAGUACCAGCAGCAGCGUCUGCCGAAGAUGACCGGCCCCGUCAUCUACUCGGUGUCGGACGUGAGCGACUCGCAGGCGGCUGCGCUCCGUCGCAGGUUCCUCGAGGCGGUGGAGAAGGAGGAGGUGCGAGAUCAUGUGCACCCCCAAGACAUCGUGCGCGCUCGCACGGACGACCUCUGGUGCAAGAGGUUCAUGGCGCACGGCGACCUGGAGAUCGACAAGGCCUUCGACUUCAUGAUGGACUCGGUGAAAUUCCGCCACGAGUGGCAAGUCAACGAGCUGACUCACGACUCGGUGGUGACCGAGUUCUUUGAGCGGGGCACGCUCAGCGUGCACGGCCGCGACCGGGACGGCGCCGCUCUGAUGAUCUUCCACUCCUGUCUGCACGAGAGGACCCACGGCGAGCGCUUCGAGCGCGUCAAACAGUUUCUCGUCUACUGGGUGGAGAAGAUCGAAAGAGAGGAGCGUGGCCAGAGGAUCUCGCUCAUCCUCGACAUGGGUAACGCCGGUUUGUCGAACGUGGACAUCCCGUUCAUCGGCUUCCUGAUCAACCUGUUCAAGCUCUACUACCCGGACAUGCUGAACUCCAUCAUUGUGUUCGAGAUGCCGUGGAUCAUGAACGCGGCGUGGAAAAUCAUCAAACAGAUGCUGCCGCCCAAGUCGCACCAGCUCAUCAAGUUCGUCAAUAAGAAGGACAUCGGAACGGUGAUCCCUCCGGAGCACACGCUGGUCCGGUGGGGUGGCAAGGACCCCUGGUCCUACACCUACCGGCAGGAGGACUGCGAGAUGCCGCCGUCUCCCUUCCUCGGCCAGCAGGAGAGCCCCGGGAGCGGGGACACGGACACCGUCUCGGCGGACAGUGGCUCCUCCCGGGAGCAGCCCUCCCCUCCGCCGGGCGCAGGGGGCGCUGACGACGGUCGCCAGGGGUCGCGCGGCGCGGAGCAGGCCUCCGACCAGCCCCCGGAGGCGCCGGUGCGCCGGCGGACGGCCGGCCGGCGCGCCACCCCUCCGCCGUCGGGCACGCAGCGGGCGCCGCUCAGCCACAGCAGCCUGCUGCACUACCGCAGCGUGGUGGAUAUCGCCGGCAGCGCGGCCGAGCGCCGGGCCAAGCAGGAUUUGUCGGAUGAUAGCGGCGCAUCCUGCGACGAGACUUCGGACCAGUCGCUGCCGGGCGGCGAGGACACUACAGCGGAAAUCGGUGACCUGCUCAAGAUCAGUCCGGGAGACGAAAUUCAGUUCGCCACGGAUGCAGUGGAGGCCAGGCGACCGCUGAUGCUGAAAAACAUUCACCGGACUCCCGUCGCAUUUAAGGUAAAGAUCACGGCGCCGGAGAAGUUCCGCGUGCGCCCGUCGUGCGGUGUGGUGGCCCCGGGUCGCCGGGUGACGGUCGAGCUGCGCCUGGCGCCCGGCGUGGCCGCCCAGCAGGCCGUCUGCGAGAAGUUCCUGCUGGUCGCCGCACCCGUGCAGCCGCAGCAGGUCGCCGCCGGUGACAUGGACACCAUCUGGAGGACACUGCCGGCCGAGGUGCGGCUGGAGCGCCGGCUGCGCUGCGCGCCGGCCCCCGAGCGGCCUCUGCUCACCCUGGUACGCGGCCUCGGCCAGCAGCUGGAGUCCGUGUCGCAGCGGCUGGCGCGCCAGCAGGCGCUCUCGCAGCAGGUGGCGCGCCACGGGGCGGCCACACACCGCUGGCUGGUGCUCACGCUCUUCAUCGUGGCCGUACUGGCGCUCUGCAACGCCUACCUGCUUUACAAGUCGUCCGGCGUGUGCGACCUGACACAGGCGGAUAUAAUCGGGACCCCGUUCACGGUCCCGGGACUGUCCAGCUACCAAAGGUGAUCUCCCGGAUCAGAAACGUCAUGUGAUAGCGACUCGUGAUCCAAAGUCGCGUGUCGGUGGGACUGGGUCUAGCGCGAGCCAGCGGUUGCAGCUCAAAAAAACCCAGAUGCACAAUGAAUGCGGAGAAAUGCGGUGGACUCCAGUCCUUUCCGGAGGCGUUAUCUGACCCAUCUGUCGUCCUUUCGGUUCGCGUCAUCGUAAGCGAUGAUUUGACAGUGUAUUGAUGCCUGCCUAAUGUCAAACGUCCUACAUUUUUCUAUGCGUUUUCUUUGGGUGACAGGGCCCUCAGUUACACGAUGCAAAGACACUGGUUCACCAUAUUGUUUUGGAUCGGUUAAAACUUGCAGAUCACAUGCUUAGUUAGAAGGCAAGGCUGUUUGUGACUGUAGAGAUGGCUCGCUAAGGGAAGAAAUUGUUAUUUUUCUACAAGGCUGAAUGUAGCUUGGUGAGGCUGGAGGCAUUGCCAGCAGAGGUUUACUGCUGGCAACGCAAUAUUCCUGCUUGGAGCUUAACCGUUGCCAUGGACACGAGCAGGACAAAACGUAUCGGGAAUGUUGCUCUAGACAGCCAACGUUGUCGGCGUGAUUCGCGCUACUUUGGCUUCGGGAAACGGCAUUGGGCUGGCGGAGCUCGGCACUGGCUCUGUUAUGGUAUGGAAUUAGGGUGUGCUUCAGCCACGUAGCGUGUGGGAAGGGUUUCGGUGCGAAGAGUGUGGGUGAUUCCGCUCGUACGAGGUAUGUAGUUACAUAUUUGAUUAUUUCGAGCAAUUAUCAACGCUGAAUAAGCCGUACUGUGUGAGAUUCGCAUACGCCAAGGCACAGACUUCUUCAUAUAUACAUAUAUAUCGAAAAGUCUGUGGCCAAGGACAUCAUGUGGUUGCGAUCGAGCCGACACCUGCGAGCCCGCUCGGUGGUGUUUCAUGUUCGGUCGGCCUAGGGACCACUGUAACGUGUGUUCGAUGUCUGUCCUGUAUAUGCACAUGGCGAGUCAGCGACAUUUUGUCGUAAAACGGCCGCUCAAGUAUGCACGACGUGACAGCCGAACGUGGCGUGCGUAUUGCAUAUGCUAAAUAUUGUGUACUGCGUAAAAUUGUCUGAGAAGGAUCAAAUAAACAUGUUUGUAUAUUGAUGCAAGCACAAGUGUAAGUGCCAUUUACUGCUAACAGUUGACAAUAAACCGGCACGAAUG